UAGCAGGGUGAUUCGUUUCCUACAUUAAUGUUUUAGUUUAACUUAACUAACACACACACACACACACACACACACACACACACACACACACACACACACAAAUGUAUCACCAUGCGACUACAUUCACUCACAGUUGUCAUGACACACAUUUUCUGUGGCGAUAGCAAACCUUUGAGCAUGAACCACUCUGUACUCUGCAGGUGUUCCUGGUCCACUGCAGAGGCGACGAGGCCACUUUGUUGUCAGUUCGCCUCCCUAAUGGACGAGGGGAGGCUGCCAUGCACAACAUACCAGUCAAGGAGUAUGGGAAAUUUCUGCAUCUAGAGGGUUCCUGCCUGCUUUUUGACAAUAUCAUCAAGCUAAUUUCAUUCUACUGUUUCAGCAGGGACAUCUUACCGGUCACUCUGCGGUUACCCAAGGUCAUCACCAUUGCAAAAAAAGAGGAACUCUCGGUGGUCUCUGCCAUGGCAAAAGAGUUCUGCACCAUGGCUCUCCCACUGCAUGACGGUGAGACAAACGAACCGCCAGCACCCCGGCCCCAGUUCUGUCAUGUUGUCCCCAACGUUGUGGAGCGUCUCACACACUCGGACAGCGUCUGGGGGGAGAGUCCUGUCCUCAGUACGGCCUCCAGCAGAGCAGCCGAUGAGGCCGCCCCGAGGCCAGCCUCUGGGGUUCCUCUACCGCUACAGAGGGCCCCGCUCUGCCCCGAGGGAGACGCCCCCCCCGCUCAGCCACACAGCCUGCCCAACGGCACCACUGUCCCACCGCCGGACACCAUGGGCCAGAGCAACAAGCUGAGGUUCAAGCGGCCCCCGCCGCGGCCACCGAGUCUGUGUGCCGGGUCGCCGGCCGGGCCGCCCUGUGGCGCGGCGGGGGGGGCCGGGCCGCCCGGUGGCGUCGCUAGCCCUUCGGCCGUGGGAGAGGAGGGACGCUUUGAGAAACUGCUGAAAGAAGCGAGGAAGACGGAGCCCCCGCUGUCGCCCCCUCCUCCAUCAAGACCUCCUGUCCCGUGGCAGGCCAGACCCCCGCCCUGCCAGCCCCCGGCCCCGCCGCGCCGCGCCUCCCCAAACACGGCUCCUGGUGGAGGCACCGAGGGCCCCAUGGGGGAGGAAGGAGAGGGGGCAGGACAGGAGCAGAGAGCGUCAGGCUCCCCCACCAUCGGGGACCUGCUCCAGCUGGAGGCCCCUGCUCACAGCAGCCAGACAGACGGACGGACGACAGAGGAGAGGGAAGAAGAAGGAGGGAAGGAGAGAGAGGAGGAAAAGGGAGGGCUGAGCACCACCUCUCCAUCCCUGCCCUCCCAGUCAUCGUGCAAGAGGCCCCCUCGGCCGGUCCCGCCUCCACGUAGGAAGCAGGCCCCCAAGCCCCCCGAACCGGCAGGAGGAGCGGGGUUGACCGCCAAUCAGUGUGCAGCUGUCAGAGCGGCCCCGCCCUCGUCCGUGCGGAGGCCCGACGUGUCGCUGUACUCGCCACAGGGUGGCGCCGCAGUGGGAGCCGACCCCGACUCCUGCUCUCCAAGCAGCUCAGAGGAAGACCCCGGGGAGGUGGGCCACGGGGAAGAGCACAACCAAAGCCAGAGGUCCGAUAGCCACGCCUCUAGUAAGGCUGCGGUGAAGAGGACGCCGACCACCGUGAUGCUGGGCCGCGCCCGCCACCGCCUCUCCUCCGUGCUGACGGGGCUCAUGAGCCACGACGUCCGCCUCACGCAGCGCAUCGUGGAGCUGGCCAGAGACCCAAUCAGUUACUUUGGCAAUCUGGUCAAAGAGCACCGCACCUUCACGCUGGAGACCAUGUCCCGUCACUCGUCCACCACAGAGCUGCUCCAGGAGAUCAGGACCAUGAUGACCCAGCUGAAGAGCUACCUGCUGCAGAGCACCGAGCUGCAAGGCAUGCUUGAGCCACAGCACCAGUACACACACGACAAGCUCGAGAGCAUAGCAGAAGCGGCGCUGUGUAAGAGUGUGUUGAAGCCCCUGAGGGAGUCCAUCUACCUCCGCCUGGAGACGCUGCACUCAGAGGACGGCAGCACACAGCGCCUGGUCCACAACCAGUCCUCAGUUCUGGGCAGCACCACCACAGCGCUUGGAGUGACCACCGCAGUCCCAGAGGCGCCGGCCAUGGAGAAGAUCAACAUGAAGCUGUGCAGCCUCCACCUGGAGUACUCCCCCCAGAGGAAGAUCCAGCUGCUGCUGAAGACCUGCAAGAUCAUCUACGACUCCAUGGCCGUCAGCAGUCCAGGGCGGGCCCAUGGUGCUGACGACUUCCUCCCUGUAAUGAUGUACGUCUUGGCCAGAUCAAAGCUCGCCCAGCUGAGGUUGGAUGUGGAGUAUAUGAUGGAACUAAUGGACCCGUCUCUGAGUCUAGGAGAAGGGUCCUAUUACCUGACCACCACCUAUGGGGCUCUGGAGCACAUUAAGACCUUCGACCAGCAGAGGGCGGCGACGCGGCAGCUCAGCAGAGAGGUUCAGGACUCCAUCAACCGCUGGGAGAGACGGCGCACCCUGAACAAAGAGCGCAUGUCCCAGGGCUCAGUGCAGGACUUUCUCACAGUGUGCUGCCCAGAGGUCGGGUCCAACCCCAGGGCUCUUGGCGUUCUCCCGGGCACCAGCAUCCAUGAGUUGACUGCACAGUGCGCCUCACGCUUUGAACAAGACUCCUACAUUAUCAGUUUGUUUAUGGACGGCCUCAUGCGGCCCCUGGCACCGACAGAACUGGCUCUGGGGGUGAAGAACAGCCUACCGCCAGGGGGCUACUGUUUUGUGUUCCACCCAGCCCACCUUAUAGCUGAUGUCCAGACCGAUAUCGUUCCCCCUGUGGAUCCCAAAAAGGUCCUCGAUAGUGAUGGUCCUGGGGAAACUGGGAACCAGGACAACACAAAAUCGGUUGUGACAUUGGACGACGCUAUUCAGGAGCAAGCAGGGGAAAGUCUGAUCACUUUGUAACUCUUUGGAAGGGCUUCAACAAACAAUUUAUAUUGUCACAGUAUUACAACAUCAUCACUGUUUACAUUGUAUACAUAUGGAAAGCCUAUUUCUGCCUAGGUUUCUAAACAUAAUGGCAAACAGAACAGCGAGAAUGUGGAAUAACUCCUUCCUAUUAUCCUCUUUCUAAAUUCACGAGCUGGCAACUCCAUAAUCAAUCUUUCACUAUGUUUAUGUAAAUAAAUUGUUACGUUUUCCCUAUGUUGUUUGAACUACUUUUUGAAAAGAAUAUUAUAUUUCAAAAACUAAAACUACAGCAUCAAAAUACAUUUGCCCUAUGUACUACUUUUCUACUGCAACCCAACUAGAACGUUUUUCAAGAAUAAAACGUGCCCAUUGAUGUUCCUUCAGUCCAUUUAAAUAUAAUACAUCUAAAAGCCAGAAUGCCAUAAGGUUCACAUAACACAGAUAAUGAUGCCAUUCUCAAUGUGGUGUCUGAUGUGUGUUGAUGU